AUGCUGCCACUCAGGUGCCAGCAACAAGCUCCUCCUCAGGUUUUGUGUAGGUUCUGGGCCGUGAUGGGGAAGUUGCAAAGCAAACUCAAACACAGCACUUAUAAAUACAGCAGGCCUGAUGGAAUUACAGAAGAGAGGAUUCAAACUAAAACCUUUCAAGAGUAUAGCCCAGCCCAUGUGGAUACCGUCUCUGCUGUUGCUGCUCUGAACUCAGAACUUUGUGUCUCUGGAGGAAAAGAUAAGAUAGUUGUGGCCUAUAACUGGAAAACUGGAAAUGUGGUGAAAAGGUUCAAAGGACACGAACGUGAAAUCACCAAGGUAGCCUGUAUUCCCAAAUCGAACCAGUUCUUCAGCGCCUCUCGUGACAGGAUGGUCAUGAUGUGGGACUUACAUGGUUCCUUACAACCAAGGCAGCAGUUCUCAGGCCAUGCCAUGGUGGUCACUGGAUUGGCUGUGAGUCCAGGUAAAGUAAAACAAAUCUCUCCCUUUGUACUUUCUGAAAAGCCCUAUUCAAGCCCAUCUCAUGGGCUGUCUUCUCCCAUUGUCUCCAAAGACUCCACACAGCUAUGCACUGGCUCUCGGGACAACACCUUGCUUCUGUGGGACGUAGGAACUGGACAGUGUGUGGAGAGAGCAUCUGUCUCCAGAAACCUGGUCACUCACCUGUGCUGGGUCCCCAGAGAACCAUAUAUCUUACAGACCUCUGAAGAUAAAACCAUUAGAUUAUGGGACAGUCGGGGAUUGCAUGUAGCUCAUAUGUUUCCUGCGAAACAGCACAUUCAGACCUACUGUGAAGUCAGUGAGGAUGGACACAAGUUUAUCUCCUGCAGCAGUGGUUUUGGAGGGGAAGGCUGUGACGCCACGUUGUGGGACCUAAGGCAGAUGCGCAACAGAAUAUGUGAAUAUGUGGGGCAUUUCCAGACAGUUGCAUCAUGUGUCUUUCUACCAAGAGCGUUGGGCUUGAUGCCUAUAAUUGCUACCUCAUCACAUGACUGCAAGGUGAAGAUUUGGAAUCAAGAUACUGGAGCCUGCAUUUUCACCUUGUGUCUGGAUGGAUCAGGACCCUUGACUUCCUUGGCUGUUGGUGACACAGUCUCCUUAUUGUGUGCAAGUUUCAGCAGAGGAAUUCAUUUACUUAGAGUGGACCACAGUCGAGGGCUGGAACUGCGGGAAGUGACAGCAUUCUGAUGCCAAGAGACAUUCGCUGGACAAUAUUAAACCGUAGCCCUUCCUUUCUCAGUUUGGCUUUUUGUUUUUCUACGUUGUCUUCGGAGGAGAUGGAUGUGGGGCUGGUAGUUUCUGCUUAGAUUCACUUAGAAGGUGUAUCUGUGUUAGAAGUCAAUUUAAGUCCAGGGGUUCAAAAUUAAGUACAGAUUUUAGAAAUAACGGACUAAACAUAAGGUUCUCAGUCAAAGUUAAAUCUAGAUGCAGUUUUUUAGUGAACUUUUUGGACUGCUUGUCAAAAAAAAAAAGUUUAUUGCUGAAAAUUAUGACCCGUACUGGAGGAGCCCUGCAGGCCAUGGAUCCCAGACCUUCUGUUAGCCCAGGGCAGGAACCAUUCCCAAAGCCAACUCUUCAGACAGGGAUUGGACUGGAAUAGAGGAUGGAAAAUGAUACUGGUAAAGAACAAGCUUCUUUGAUCAAGUGGUCACAUGAGACUAUGUUAGCAUCUCCUGUCUGGAGGGGAGAUGAGAGUGCAGAGGGGGCCAGAAGCUACCCGAAUGGACACGAAGAGAGAGUGUGAAGGGAAGUACUGUGCUGUCUUAUUAGAGGGAGAGCAAUUAGGAGUGUAUAGCAAGGUGUAUGUAAGUUUUUGUAUGAGAGACUGACCUGAUUUGUAAACUUUCACUUAAAGCACAAUAAAAAUUAAUUAAAAAAAUAAUUAUGACCCGUAAGAGUGGUAGGCCUCUGUCUGUGAGAGUCACAACACAGGGCCUACUUCUAUUGAGCUAUCCUUUUCUAUGUCUCCCACAAAAGAAAAUAAAGUGGGGGUGGGGGAGAAACUCUGGUUUAGUUGCCUCAAAAUUGUUGAGAUGGGAAAGAACACUACAGCUUCAUAGAGAAAAUGGCAUGAGAUUAAGCUCCAGUGACUGCUCCUCAGCAAUGUGAAUAAUCAUGUGUAGAAACCUAAAGCCUUGACUUCUACUCAAAGUAGAAGCAGAGUGUUGUUGUUGUUAGGUGCCAUCAAGUUGGUUCCAACUCAUAGCAACUCUGUGCACAACAGAACAAAACACUGCCGGGUUCUGCGCCAUCCUCACAAUUGUUGCUAUGCUUGAGCCCAUUGUUGCAGCCACUAUGUCAAUCCAUCUCCUUGAGGGUCAUCCUCUUUUUCACUGACCGUCUACUUUACCAAGCAUGGUGUCCUUCUCCAGAAGCAGAGUGGGAGGUAGUA